AUGGACAAAGAAACUAAUGAUAUGUGUGUAGAUAAUGAACUUAAAUCAGCAACCGAAGUUCUUGAUGAUUACAUUGAAUCUAUAUACAAUUUGGGUUCCGAGGUAGUUCAAAGCUUAACCGAAUUACACAUUCUAGACGAACAGCUAGAAAAGUUACGUGCAAUUUACAAAGAAUGUCAAGAAAAAUAUUUUGAAAUAUUAGAGGAAUCUGAUCAAAGUGACGAAGAAGAAAAAAUUGUUAGCUACUGGAAAGAUAAAACGGAGAAGGCCUAUGAUGAUGCCCUACACAAACAGGACGAAAAAAUUGCAGUUGCAGAUAAGCUGUAUAGCCUGAUCUCUAGACACCUUGAAAGGCUAGAUGACGAACUAUCCCGAAACAAUAUAAAUUUGGAUCGUGAGUAUUUAUUUGUAUUGUUGCCCGAUAAUAAUUUUGGAACUCUUGAUUUCAAAUUAACAGUGAUGAUUUUAGUGAUAUGGAAUUCGAUCCAAGCGAACCUCUAUAUUCAAGAAUUUGGUAAUAUGAUCCAAUGUGAUCAUCCUAAAUGUGAGAAUGCGUGGUAUCACUGGGAUUGUGUAGGUCUUACACAACAACCGUCAGGACAAUGGUUUUGUCCUGAUUGUGAGUUCAGACCUUAUGAGCCUAUCCCUCUUGACGAUUUAAUGAUUGAGGGCUUUGCCAUGUAUUCAUAUCCGGAUCAAGGUCUGGAUGAUUUCACACUUAGUAACCCUCCAUUUCAUUG